CAAGCUUGAUCUUUAGACGAUCGAGCCCAGCUUCGGUAAACGAGGAGCCUACAGCGUGUACCUGGACUAGCCAGAAUUUUGUACAUUCCUGCAAAAGCUAAGAAGGGGACGAUCCAAUUACCCUCGGAGUACCGUUUUUGCGUUGACUCCCUUCCUUUCGUUCGGUCAACAUAAUUAUGGGUAGAGUCCUAGUCGCAUCCGCCCUUUUCUUUGGCUUGACGUCAUCCUUUGCACAAGCUUGGAUUGCCAGAUCGCCUUGGGGAGCUGUACUCUCCACAAGAAGAACGCCUCGCUGUUCUUGUCGUCUGGGCUCUUCUUCGAAAGAGCUACUUGACACAGACGCAGAAUGUAGCAGCGUCCAAUCGCCAGUGGCUUUGAAUCCGCUGCUGGAUCAGAUCCAGCCUAGCAAAACCGUAGAGAUCUUUUCACUAGUCAAACAAAUGCAAGCCGAAGGUAUCCAAGUCACGAGCUUGUGUGUCGGUGAGCCUGAUUUUCUUCCGUCGCAAGUUGUGCUGGACGCCAUUGUCCAAGCCGUACAAGACGGCGAAACGAAAUACACUGCCGUCACAGGAACCUUAGAGCUCCGUCAAGCCAUUGCCGUGGAUCUCCAGCGACGCAAAAAUGUUUCGUACGACCCACAGUCGGAAAUUGUGGUCGGGAAUGGUGCCAAACAGUGCGUGUAUCAGGGUAUUCUCGCUACGGCCGGUGUGGGGGACACCGUCCUGGUACCCGCCCCCUACUGGCCGUCGUAUCCCGAGAUGGUCCGCUUGGCAGGCGCCACACCGGUGAUUGUGGAAAGUCGUGCCGAAACGGGCUUUUUGCUCACACCCGACGAGCUCCGCACUGCGUUGCAAGCGCACGCGGAGACGGUCAAACUGCUCAUUUUGUGCAAUCCGUCCAAUCCGACGGGUGGAGUCUACAAUGAAUCGCAGUUGCGCGAGCUCGUCGCCGUACUCCGGGACUACCCCCAGGUUGUGGUCUUAGCGGACGAGAUCUACGAGCGCUUGACGUACAGUAGCGGUACGGACGGCGGUUGUCCCUCGUUUGCGGCCCAGCCGGGUAUGUGGGAGCGGACCUUGACGGUAAACGGUUUUAGCAAAGCCUACGCCAUGACGGGCUUACGUUUGGGGUACAUUGCGGCACCGCAAGCGCUCGCCAGGGCUAUUACGACGAUUCAAUCGCAGUUGACGAGUUGCGCCGGAUCCUUGUCCCAAGCUGCCGGUGUGGCGGCGUUGACUCUGGUGUCCGAUGACGAAUUGUCCAGGAACGUGGUGGAAAUGCGAGCCAAACGCGAUUUUGUUCUCGCACAACUCGCGACCAUGCCGGACGUCCAGGUGCAGGUGCCUCCACAGGGCGCCUUUUACGUGUUGCCGGACAUGUCCGCGUACGGCGACGAUGUGCAGUUGUGCCUGGACUUGUUGAGCGAGCAACGGCUGGCGUUGGUUCCGGGAUCAUCCUUUGGUGCCCCGGGGACGGUGCGGAUCAGUUACGCCACAAGUUUGGAAGAAUUGCAAACCGCCAUGGACAAACUACGAGCCUUUUUGGAA